GAAGUAUUGAAACAAGGAGACCAGGAGUGAUGAAGCAGAGGAUAGACGCAAAAUAGGGCGAAACUAGAUGAGUGAAGAAUUGAACUAAACUGCAAGUAGGUAAGACAGAUAAGUAGGUAGAGAAAGGAAAACAUGACGGAUCUUGCGAUAUCGGCAAGGGGCACGGAGCGAAGAGCAAAAUAACAGGGGAGCAACAGCGGAGAUAGCUAUAGGCAGAUGGAUGGAGUAGCAAGCCCCUGCAAAUGUGCACGAUGCACUCGCAAAGAGACGAAGUGCGUAUGCACGUUCGAGGGUAAGCAGCAUGCAAAAACAAAGUGGGAAGAAAUCGGUCCAGAGAGAAAAAAAAAGAAAAAGACAAACCCAAAAAAGGGGACGACGAAUCCCAGGGAAAGUAAGAUGUACACUCAAGUUAACACUCUCAAAAACAAAAUCAAAAAAUCAGCAAGUACCGCAGCAUUGGGCCGUCUAGGACAUUGGUAGUGCCGAAGGCAUGGGCGAUGGUGACUUAAGGAGAUUAGCAUAAUUAGACAGAAGUAUAAUUAGUGUCGGAAAGGAAAGAUGGGUGCCCAAGACCUUGCUAGUUGAAUGUU